AUGGAAGCCAACAACAGCGAUGACAGCAGUAUUCGUUCAGCAUUGGUGAACCUCAUUGGGAAUCGGUACCAAAAUCCAGGAGUUGACGAAUCUCUGAUGGGCAAUGACGAGCUCUUGAGACGUGUGAGUGCCGAGCUAGGAAUGCUACUUUGUAUGAAAAAGGUGGAUGAAGCACUAUCUGUUGCAAAAGAAAUCAUGUCUAUGGCACCAACAUCGUCGACAGCUGCCUUGUAUCAACAUUUGAUUACCAAGUUCAAGGAGCUCUCGUAUCAGAUGGACCAAGCAGCAACAUCCAUGGCAACACUCUAUUACAGCAUAACAAAGGUCGACUUCAUCAGCAGACUUCCUUUUGAUAUUGUCAGCCAUAUUGUUGAUUAUCUUUGGGAAUCCAUUCCGACCAUGAAUGCUGCUACGCCUACGUUUCUAUAUGUGUCAAAAUGUUGGCGCAAAAGGAUUCUCGAAUCGACGCCCUUCUUGUCAUAUCAGCUACCAGCAACGAAGCUACUUGGCUAUGAUAAGGCGACCUUCUCACAUGCUUCUCGUGUUCGAACAAUGACAAUCCAUGGCAAAGUCAUAUCAUUUUCGAGAUUACUUGGCAAUCAUCUUUGCAACCUAUCGCGUCUCUGCAUUGAUAUACCUCGCGACUCGGCAUCCUGUAUACAUGGCCAUCCAUCAUGGGUGCACGACGUAUGUACUGCUGUACGGCACAAUUACAGUCUGGAUGAAAUCAUGGAAACAUGCCCAAACCUCGUGAGCUUGAAAUGGAGUGGUUGGGUGCUGAAUGGAGGAACAACAAAGCAGUAUCACCAGCUACGCGUAUUGCAAUUACCAGAUGACGAAGAUGAAAUCGAUGAACUUCUUGUAAAGUUACCUUGUCUCGUGGUUCUCUCGAUCCGGGGUAUCCGUAAUGUCGACUAUUUCAAUCGAGUCAGCAACUAUUGCCCAUCGCUAAAGUGUCUAAAGUACAACGCAGCCCAUGAUGAUUUGAUCGAAUGGCCAUACGAAUGGGAUACGGGCUUGCAACAAGGCAUUCAGGAUCUUUCGUUCUAUGAACAACCCCAUAAUCGUCGUACGGAGCACGUCAUUGACCCCCUAGUGCACGUAUCCAAAACGUUGAAACAUCUACAUAUUGGCGAGAAUAUCUAUGGCGAUCGCCAUGAUCCGAUGUUCCUGCCGCACGACACAACGUUCCCGCAUUUGAUCCAUUUGACAUGUGAUCCAGAAUACCGUGAUGAUGAACUUGAUCUUUUUCUCGAUGUUCUUCGUCGAUCACCUUGCCUUGAGAGGAUCAAAUCGCUUCAAUCUUCUGUAAAGUGGUAUGAGCCAGAACCAGUUGACUGUAUGGCAUCUUGCACACGGCUUGUUGAGGCGAACGUGAUAAUGGAUGAAGACCACCAAGACGUGGAGGCUUUGAAACGAUUCCUCAACACGCAUAUACAAAGGGGAAAUUCUUCCACAUUACGAUCACUGGAAAUCUCACUAUGGACCGAGGAAUGCGCCUACGUACUUUUACCGCUCAUCACACAAUUGGCAUUAUUGGAGGAGCUGCAUCUCGCUUUGUCGCCUAAUUCACCAAUGCCCAUGAUUAUGGACACGAUUGCUACCAACAAUGCGAUGAAAGUAAAGCACCUCAAAAUCAGCGUUGUGGGAUGGCACGUCGAAGAUACUUUCUUUGAUCGUUUACAACAUGCACGCACUCUCAAAUCACUGAUUAUCGAUGCGGAUCAUCUACGUACAAUGGCUGCACUUUCGUUGCGAAAGCUGACCCAGCUCACUCAUUUGCAAAUUCCAUUCGAGGGCGUGGAUGGUGUGGUCAUUGAUAUUCUUCGCAAGCAGUUUCCCAACCUGAAAGAGUUAGAGCCUCGCCACAUAUGGCAAUAA